CUUAUACCAAAUUUCUAUAUUAUUAAAAAAUGCCGCCAAAUCCUAAAAAAAGUCUCUUCUACUACUGCUUUCCGUGCAUCAAAAGACCCAAACAAACCAGCGAAGAAGUUUUAAUAAAAACGUUUGGGCACGAAUUCACCGAGUACGAAUACGUUAUCGAGAAUUUGGCGAUACGAAGAGCUCCCAAAGUUAUACUGGACCAAUAUCAGCCGGCUCCAAAAAUUAAGAACAACCCUCAAACGAAAAAACCGAAAGUCAAAGAUUUUGCAGCUGUUGUGGCAAAACCAACCACAGAAUGUGAUAUAGUUGGACCAAUUGUUAAAAUGGAUAAAUCCGGUGAUUCUUUUGACUGCUGUCCACGUGGUGGCGUUAAGUGUUCGGAGAAAGUCAAAGAAGAUGUCUUAAAAAAGAUAUUAAUACCGCCUAGUCAUGUGUAUAGGGUGGAACAUCCUACUCCACGACAUCAGAAGGUAGCAGCCGAUAUCCACAAAAACAGUGACGGCGCCGUUUUGGCAAACAGAAGAUUAACAAUCCCGCAUGAGAUUCGAGAAACAAUCGAUGCGUUAAAGAUAGCUAGACCUCUACAAUCUUCGCCACGAAGAAAUCGAAGACAUUUGGUAAGAAGUGUGUCAGAUACGAGCUGUGAUAAGGAAACGUGUUGCAACUUUUUAGGUGCUGACCUUGCAAAGUUUGACAAUAAAGAUAACAGAUCGUCUUUGGUAGAUGUCUUCUCAAAGCCAACUAAACUGAAAAAUGUUUCUAAAUUUCCACAGCAUCGAAAGUUAUCACCGGAAGUGAAUAUGAUGGAACUUACUCUUUAUUUUAUUUACUUUUUCGUGUUGAUAUGUUAUGAUUUGGUAUUUUCCACCACGUACUAAAAACAGAACUAAUAUGGCUUAAUGUGGAUUCGAUAUGUUUUAGAUUUAAAUAUGAUGGGCGAACAACUGCCAA